UAGCUAUGGUAACUCAAGAUGCUGAGGAGCCAGUGAGUGAGGCUCGAUUACGGCGUUAUCUUAUUCGUGGAUUACGAAAAGAGUUUAUGCCCUUUGUUUCCUCAAUACAAGGGUGGGCAAAUCAACCUACGGUAAUUGAAUUGGAGAAUCUUCUUUCCAAUCAGGAAGCCUUGAUUGAGCAAAUGACUACCAGCAACGAGUUUUCCCCAAAGUUAGAAGGUGUGUUGUAUGUCAAAGAUCAAAGGAGACAGAAUUUUCACUCAAGGCCUUCAUCUAGCAAUGAGAAUCAAUUCAGAAGUGACGAGUCGUCAAAGAAGCCAUUUAAAGCUUGUUACAGGUGUGGAAAAUCAGGCCACUUUAAACGAGAUUGUCAGGCGAAAGUGGUGUGUGAUCAUUGCGGAAAGCCAGGCCAUAUUAAACCAAAUUGUCGAGUCAAGAUGCAGGAAUCAGAAGCAAAUGCGGUACAUGAAAAUAAAAGUUCUCCAGAUCCAAUUUGGGAAUAUUGCUUAACCACUGAGGUUCUUGACCAGCCAACAAACGUGACUUCAGCCGUAUAUCAAGAUGAUGUUUCUACAGGUGAUCAAAAUUCUAAUUCCACUACUUACGCUUCUGAGUUUGAUUCUCUCCAAAUUUCGCAUCUGGACUCUCUCUUUUCUCCGAUUUCAAUUCUAUUGCCCCUGAUGACCCUUCUGUUUACUCCACGGCCUUGGAUUUGAGAUUCGACGAAAAUGAAGUUGUCGAGCUAACGUUUGACGAUCUUGACGGUCUUUACCUCCCCUCUGAGGCUAACGAUUUUCUCAUCUUGGAGAAUUUAGAUCAAACUACCAAUUUGCAGGAUUCGGCUACUGAUGCUCCGCCCCAGUCUGACCCAGAAAUAGCUGCACUGCUUGAUGAUGAUGAUUUAUCACGAUUUGGUUCUGAUGUUGAGGACUUGGAGGAGGAUUUCGUAGUUCAGGUAAAUUUAUGUGAAGAAGGGGAGGAUGGUUCAAUGGAUAAUAAGUUUAGUGUGGCUAAGGAUUCUGAGAAGGCGACAGGAAGCCAGAAUAUUAUUAAUAAUAAAUCUUUUGGCGAUGACAUUUUUGAGGAUGCAGAUGUUGACCAUGUGGAGGAUGAUGUUGACCAUGUGGAG